CGGGUUCUAGGUGGAUUCACGUGUAUUUUACCAGCCUAGCCCGUUACCCAGAAAUACUCGCUACAGCCCAUUUGGCAGCCCGGUAUAGAGGCGUGUAAGCCCGAGAAAACUCGCACAAACACGUCGGGUGGACGGGUUUCCAAGACGCGAGGAGGGUGACGCGUUUCUUACACGCGCGGCGGCGGCGGCUGCAGCAAAACCACUGUCGCGGCGGAGCUUCACCGACGGCGCGGUCGAUCUCGCCGCCGCCAGAUCUCGCCGCCGCCAGAUCUCGCCACCGCUUCCUCCCGCCACCACCUCCUCGACACGAAGACCUCUUCGGUCGCCAGAUCCCGCCGCCUCCUCGCCGUCGCCCCCAACGGAACCUCCAACCGCCGUAUCCUCGCGCCGUCAGCUCGGCCACCAGCUGCUCCGUUGAACUGGCGUUCACUCCGGAACCCAAGCCUUAUUGGAUUUCAAUCGAAGAGGAGGAGGGUCCACCAAGCUGGGACCCCGUGCCUGACCCUUGGAGCUGUUUACCUCAUCCUAGCAAAGAUAUGUCUCCAAAUGGAUCUCCACUGUAUCCAAAGGGUUCUCCAAAAUAUAACUUGCAGCAUGCAAAGAAAAGUAUGAAAAGGUCUGGAAAAAAGGCUUCUCCAAUAGUUGACAAAUCGAGAGCAUCAUGGAAUCCGGCAUUGGAGAAGUCUCUUGUGGAACUGCUACAUGAGCACAAUACCACCUAUCAUAGAAGUCAAAAUGGAUGGACAACUGAAACUUGGAACCUGAUGGUUUCAGCUUUCCAUGAAAGACACCCCCAUGUGAAAUUCACAAAGUCUCAGGUUCAAGACAAGGAAAAGGAUCUAAAGAGGGAUUACAGGAUUUUAAAGGAGGCUCGUAAACAGAGCGGUGUUGGCUGGAAUGAAGCAAAAGGCAUGCUACAAGCUGAUCCUCAUCUCUGGGUAAACUUGGCGACUUCUUUGGGCGACAGGAUCAAGAAGUUCAAGCGCAAAGCUUUUCCUCUUUAUGAUUCCCUUGGGGAACUCUAUAAUGGGCAAUUAGCUGAAGGCAAACUUUGCUUCACAUCUACUGCCGGGCCAUCGAUGGAGAUCGAAGAUGUAGAAAGUGAUGAUGACUAUGAGGUACAUGGGGAUAAAUGCUACGAUGAAGACUUGCAGAUCAUUGAUGAUGAGAAAAUGGAGAGGAACACGCCACAUGUUGCUGCUGUCGAGAGGAACAAGUCACAUGUUGCUGCUGUCGAGAGGAACAAGUCACAGGUAACUGCUGUCGAGAGGAACAACUCACAUGUAGCUUUUGUUGAGAGGAACAAGUCACGUGUAGCUGCUGUCGAGAGGAACAUGUCACAUGUAGAUGCUGUCGAGAGGAACAUGUCACAUGUAGAUGCUGUCGAGAGAAACAUGUCACAAGUAGCUGCUGUCGAGAGGAACACGUCACAAGUAGCUGUUGUCGAGAGGAACAAGUCAAAAGUUGGUGGCUCGAGAGUGAAUCGUAAGAAUAGCCCAAAGAAGAGGAGCACAGAUGGUUUAGUAGGAGUGAUGGAGAGAUUAGUGCAAAUCAAAGAAAAGGAAGCCAUAAAAGAAGUUGCACAAGAAUUCACAAUUACAAGAUGCAUGGAAGCCUUGAAAACCUUGGAAGGUGUCACACCGGAUGAGAAAAUUACAGCACUGGAGGUCUUUGAAAAUGCUCACAACCGUGAGUUUUUUGUCAAUCUCGUAGAUGACAAAGAUGGCACAGCUAUUCUAUGGUUUCGCAGACAGUUGGCUAGGUUAACUUGAGGUAUUGUUCUUAUCUAUCCCACCUAUGGAAGAUUGUCUUGAGAAGGGAGAAAAAUCCUCAUCUAUGUAUCACUCUUGCUUUUGAUGGGAGGAGAUGUACUGUUUUUUGAUGCAGUGUACUUAAAGCGGCGGAAGCUUGUUUUAACUGUUGGUCGCAUGUUUAGCCUGUUUCAUUGUGUUAGGGCCUUGUUGCUGGAUGUACAGUUUGCACUGGUAUCAUGUGUUCGGGAAUCUUAUUUCGCAAAAAUUAACUUCAGCGCUCCUGCAUGCUUCAGGACACAAGUUUACAAGGGAUUGUUGUUAAUGUACUCUGAUCAAGAAGUUGUACUCCCUUGCUUGAAGUGCUACCUAAAAACUAAUGCUAGAACUUUGGUUACUUGUG